GCGGGAGGCCCCCGGGCAUUGCUGGAGACCCGGCGACGACUGCGUUGUCAUGGAGUCGUGGGGCCGGGCUCGCGCAUGCGCCCCCUGAGCCUCCCGGCCGGUCGUGGAGCCGCGACCCCCCCCGGCCCUAGAGCAAUCCAGAUGAAAGGACUGUCUGUGAGCCAGCUUCCAGCCUUCUAAAACAUGGAGAGGAAAAUCCCACCCCGAGAGAGCCCCAGAAGACCCUCGGUCAAGUUGGGCAGAGGCACAGAGACGAAGAAAGCAGCCCGGCAACUUGGUGUGGUGGCCGCUGAGUCAGAUAAGGACUCGGGAUUCUCAGAUGGGAGCUCAGAAUGUCUGAGUUCUGCAGAACAGAUGGAGUCAGAGGACGUGCUGAGAGCCUUGGGCUGGAGCAGAGAAGACAGGCCAAGGCAGAGCUCCAAAACUGCAAGCAACGCCUUCCCUACACUGUCCCCCAUGGUUGUCAUGAAGAAUGUGCUGGUCAAGCAGGGCAGCAGCUCCUCCCAGCUCCAGUCAUGGACUGUCCAGCCCUCCUUUGAAGUGAUUUCAGCACAGCCACAGCUCUUUGUUCUUCAUCCACCUGUGUCAUCUUCUGUCAGCUCAUGUCACACUGGCGAGAAAAAGUCAGACUCUAGAAACUACUUGCCCAUUCUCAAUUCUUAUACUAAAAUAGCCCCGCACCCAGGCAAAAGGGGCCUUUCCCUAAUCCCAGAAGAAAGAAGAGCAAACGGGGUGGCAAAGAAAGUUCGUACGGAGAGACUGGGGCCCAGCCUGUCUUCCAGUGAGCCAAGCAAGACUGGCCCUGUGCCAUCCAGUCCCUCCACUCCGGCCCCACCCAAUACCAAGCUCUCAGAGGACUCAGCUCUGCAGGGAGUGCCCUCCCUGGUGGCGGGUGGAAGUCCACAGACUCUUCAGCCUGUAUCCAGCAGUCAUGUGGCUAAAGCUCCCAGUCUGACCUUCGCUUCCCCUGCCAGUCCCGUCUGCGCCUCAGACAGCACUCUGCAUGGCUUAGAGAGCAGCUCCCCACUUUCCCCACUGUCAGCCAGUUACAGCUCACCUUUGUGGGCUGCAGAGCAUCUCUGCCGAAGCCCAGACAUCUUUUCAGAGCAGCGGCAGAGCAAACACAGGCGCUUUCAGAAUACCUUAGUAGUCCUACAUAAGUCAGGUUUGCUGGAGAUCACUUUGAAAACCAAGGAGUUGAUUCGUCAGAACCAGGCAACUCAGGUGGAACUCGACCGGCUGAAGGAGCAAACCCAGCUGUUCUUAGAGGCCACCAAGAGCAGGGCUCCCCAGGCGUGGGCCAAGCUGCAGGCAUCGCUGACAUCUGGGUCCAGUCAUUCAGGUGGUGACAUUGAUGCCUUCUCUGAUCACCCAGACAUAUAGCGCAGGGACACAGUUCAAGUCACUCAAAACUCUUCACUAUUACCUGCUGUUUCCCACAGCCUAUAUCGGAGCUUUUCUUCCUAAAUUUAUUUAUGAAGCCACGUGCAGUCCUCAGCUACUGUCUUCACCUGUGGUCCCAUGCACAGGAAAUUUGAGUCUCUGAUUCUGAGUAUCCUUGAGUCCCCAUUCCUUAGCCUGCAGGCACUUAGCUAAGUCAUGGGCAGAGCAAGAGAGACGAUUCUAUGGGGCUUUUUUAGCUGUCACCUACCCUCAUGGUACUCCCUCACCAGGAUCAAGGGCACAGUAAUAAGGAUGUGUGUGCAGGGUGACACCUGCUGAGCCACGGAGUGGGUGAUCCUUGUGUCCCUUCAUAGAUCCUUCCUUGAGGAUGUUAGUCACAGAAAAAAAUAGAGGAGGUGUGUUUUCAUUCCACAAGGCACUUUGCCAGUUGGACGAAACCUAAAAUGCUUUGGGCACAGGUUGUGUCUGUUGCAAGCACUUAAUUACUUAAAGCUUGUUUUCUUAAACUUGAAAGUCAAGGGAAAGAGUGGUAGCAUUUGACUCAUACAUUUUCAUCACACACAGAUUUUACUUCAACAAGGGGGCAAAAGACUUCAGAUUUUUAGAUUUGGAAUGGAAGUUGAACCACCUGGAUCUGUAUUUUAUGAAGCACUUUUUUGACUAAGGUCAAAAAAAUAGCCCUGGCCAGCACUUUUGGUUAGCAGCCAAAAGGUUCUGGUAGCUCACACUUUCUUGAAACUUGAAGCUUGAGAUGGCUCUGGAGCUCCUCAGGGUGCAGUGAAAGCCUCCCCAGUGCAGCCACUCUUCCCCCCCCCCCCCCCCCCCCCCCCGCUUUGCUCUGUGUGAGAGAAGUGAUUACACUGUAACUUUCCAAUUAAAUAAAAUCCUGAGGUUAUAAGUAUAAGGCAACAAAAAAGUUGGGAAGUAUUCUUCGUGCCCAUUUCCUUUUCACCCCCCAGCUUUUCAUCUGCUACAUGUCAGGAUGGGGAGCCACAGUGGGCAGUCUCAUGUUGCUUGUGCUAACAAAGCCCAAGGCGCGAGGUUGGUGCUGUGAUGCUGCCUCAAGGUGGACACUGUGAUAAGAAUUCCCAGCCUGUCAACUUCAUUGACUCUGUCACUAAGUGUCUACAUAGUACAGAUUCAGAGAUUGAAUCCCCUCAGUUAAAAUUUUCACCCUCCUGAAACCUUUGUUCUUUACAAAUCGAGUUCUUAGGAUUAGCUUCAUCUCUCCUGCAAAGAAAGUGUUCUUGAGGUUUUUACUAAGCCCAGAAGUUAGUGAUCAUAUUUGCCAGGUAGUUGGUUGUAACUCUUAACAUAGUUUAGGAAUUCUAAGGCUCAGGUUGCCUACACUGUGUUCACAAACAUGUAUGAUUUAGUUACGGUUCAUAUAGAAGUCAUCGGUGUGGUAAAAUUUUUCAGCUCUCUGAUCAACACAGAAUUCCCUGUUUGCUUUCUGAAAGGGUUUCCAAGAUCAGAGCAAAUGUGUGUCUGAGCACACUCGACUCCUUGUCAUAUUUUUCUCUUGGCCCGCUCCCUUUGCCUCCCCUGAAUCUCUGCUCUUGGAGCCACUCGAUUCUGCACCAUGCUAGGAAGCUUCCUUUUUGGCAGAAUGUUUGGCAGCAAAGCCAUAGAGACAGGUGCAUCGAGAACAGUCUGGGCACCAGUCAUGAUUCUCACUGAGUGUCAAAAAUCUGAAAACACUUGCUGAGAACCAAAUGUAUUCCACUGGAAAAACCCUCUAUGGAGCUGUAGGCCUGUUGGACUCUUCCUCCUAGAUCGGGGUUUGUGUUUCCAUUCCUGUGGUGGGAAAGGAUGAUGAAAGCCACCAUCCUUCCUCAUUGCUGAGUGGCCGAGAGCGUUCGCACCUCUGCCUCUGCUCCUCUGGGAUCUGGAAGCUGGAGCCAGAAGGUGCUAGGCUGUUAGCAUGGGCGCUCUUUCUCUCGUGGAGUGAGAAGCCUGGGACCUUAAGUAGAGAAGCUAGGUCUUGGAAGGACAGAUCUGUUGAGGUCAGAGGCCAGCGGCACAUGGAGGAAGCUUGCAGUGGACCAGGAAGAUCUCCAUGGUGGCACAAGGCUGUAAGUAGUGAUGGCCUUAGUGAUGCGUGGCGUGUGUUGCGUUAUUCAAGUGGCAGAGCUGCUGUUUUCUGAGGGUGAGGAGCCAGUUUUAGCUCAGACCAACCUCUUAAGAGAACCUUUGGUAGAUUUUAUUGGCAAUAUUGAAACAUCUAAAAAAAGGUUGCUAAUUAAGUUGCUAAUGGCGUUCAAUUAUAUGUAAUUUACUACACCUUUUUUUUUAAUUGAUUACAGUAUUGUCUGACCUCCCUGAGUGACUCCUUCAGCAGACAAGUUGCUCUUGUGCAUAUAUUGGUUUUUCAGCUAUGAAUUCUUUAGGGUAGAGGUUUAUUUACCAAAUGUGAAGUCUUUUGAGAAAGUAUGAAGUUAUAUAGAAAUUGACUGUGAAAUGUCAGAGAAAAAUAAAAGUCAUUUACUUGAAAACUA